AUGAGUGAUGAAGAGGGGAUGGAGUAUCUUGUUCAGACAGACCAGGAAAAAGCCAGUGAAUCACAGGUGUGUUUUGUUACCUUUGAAAACUGGACUUGUAUCAGAGCAACUAGAUUUCUGCAUUCAUCUGGAACUUACAAAGGCAAUGAUAUAAAGUUCAGCAUCUUCAGUACAUUGGUCGCUUAAUAUGUUCUUGAUUGUCACCAUUCAUCAAGUUGCAACUUGUUGAAAAGAAUGUAUAGAACCUUUAAUAUUAUUAUUAUUCGUGUUCUACCACUUUCUGUCAAACUCAGAAAACUGUGAACCCCUGAAAAAUGUCAGGAAUGUUGAUUGUGUACUGGCCAAUCACAAUAAAGUUCGGGAUACGCCAGCAAACCUUAAAACCACAAACUAAUUACCGUUGCUUUUUCCGGUUUAGUUAUCUCGCGCCUUAUUGGCUUAUUUCUGGCAACACAAUAACAUUCCAUAAAUAUUUCUGGUGUCCAUGGUUUUGUGAGUUUCACAGUAACAUAAUGCUAUAUCUAAUGACCUAUUUUUUUUCACCUGACAUAAUGUACUCUUCAACAUGAAUUGAGCAAGAGUUGAACGUAGCAUUUUUGAAAAGUAGUAUAGGUAGUGACCUCUUCUUAGCACUGUAAAGGAGAUGCUGAGUCAUCGCCCCCUGCUAAUUUUUAUGUUGUACUAAGUAAUGAAUACCAUUUUAUUCAUCUUUAAACACAGUAUUUCAAUUAUAGGUACAAUAAUGAUGAAAUAAUAUUUUUUGGUAGAGUGCUGAUUCUGAUCCAGACCAAGAACUGACAGAUGCAGCUGCAACUGCACAGAGCUUACAACCUCGAGGAUUCACCUUGGAGACUACUGAAGUAAGUAUCUAGCUUUUAGUCCAUCCUCAAGGGGGCGUAGUUAUUCAGGAGAAGAAAAUUAUGCAACUUAUGUAUAUGGAAGUGCCCACAAACCGAAAUGGUAGAACUACAAUCCAUGUAACUCUCACCAUAACUGACUUCUAUAAAUGGACUAACAACAUUUUCUUCCUCUUUUCCCAGAUCAAGACCAAAGUACCAUUUUUGCUGCGUGGUGUCUUGCGUGAAUAUCAACUGAUUGGCUUAGACUGGCUGGUAACCAUGCAUGAGAAACACCUAAAUGGCAUUCUGGCUGAUGAAAUGGGAUUGGGCAAGACAAUCCAGACAAUAGCAUUGCUUGCACACCUGGCUUGUGAGAAGAGCAUGUGGGGUCCUCACCUUGUUGUUGUUCCCACAUCUGUCAUGCUGAAUUGGGAGUUGGAGUUUAAGAAAUGGUGUCCUGGAUUCAAAAUCUUGACUUACUAUGGCAGCCAAAAGGAACGCAAGGCCAAGAGACAGGUGGGUGCAUUGGUCUUGUCUUCUGUCAGAGCUUCGACUUUUCUUUUUUCUGUACUUCUGCAACCUGCAAAGUCCAAUUAUGUCAAUGUCAAAUGUCAAAGUCAAUAGGUCAAGUAAUAUGCAGAUUAGGAUAAGCAAGCAAAAUGAUCAGGUUUUAAGUUGUUUUAGACAUUUUGUAUGGCCAUCUAAUUUGAGUUUUUUUUAAAUCUUGGAAGAACAGUUUCAAGAGGAUUCUAAUACUGUUGCCUUGUCGUUUUGUUUUUCUAUGUGUACAAAACAUGUGCUUCUUUAAGUGCUAGCUCUUAACUGUUUGUGUUUUGCAACACUAAGUUUGACCCUGGCAAGAGUUAGAACUCCUUAAUUGAGCAACGAAAAAAUAAUGGCCAAAUCCCAUUCAUUUGGGACACUUCAAUUUGUUUCAACAGGGCUGGACAAAACCAAAUGCAUUCCAUGUGUGCAUCACAUCAUACAAGCUUGUUAUUCAAGAUCAUCAGGCCUUCAGAAGAAAGAAGUGGAAGUACUUCAUUCUUGAUGAGGUGCGUGUGUUCAUCAUCAGACCUCAUAAUUAACUGUGUUGCUGUGUUAAGGUGGUACCAUAAAUAAUAUUAUUGUUCAAAGCUGAGCUUCUCAUUGUACUUUGCAGGCCCAAAACAUCAAGAACUUCAAGUCCCAAAGAUGGCAGUACCUGCUCAACUUUAACAGCCACUGCCGACUGCUCCUUACUGGGACACCUUUACAAAACAGCUUGAUGGAACUGUGGUCUUUGAUGCAUUUUCUAAUGCCCCAUGUUUUUCAGUCACAUAAGGACUUCAAAGAAUGGUUUUCCAACCCCCUUUCAGGAAUGAUUGAAGGCAGUAGAGAGUAUAAUGAGGGGCUCAUCAAAAGACUUCACAAAGUGAGUACCUAGUGUACCAAAAACUUGAAAGGAUUGCCAGUUGUAGCAUAGUAUAUAUGUUACAGGUCAAAAUAUAUUCAGGUUCAGUAAAAAAUUUUCAAUCUUGGUUGAUUCUCAAUUUCCUUUGUCUCUUGGCUCUAGGUCAUGAAUAAUUAGGGCUAAGAGACAAAGGAAAUUGAGAAUUAAACUCAGUUAAAAAAUAAAAAGAUUUUAUUUAAGCUGUAUAGGCCACUUCUGAGUUCCUCACUUUCAAAAUGAGGCCAAGUGCACAACCUUUCUUGUGAAAAUGAGUUUUAUUUGCACGAGAAUGAAAAAUCAUUUCCAUAUCGAAGGCUGAGCACUUAACCUUAUUUUGAUACAGAGCCACAGGGGGAACUCAGAAAUGGCCUGUUAUUUAACAAUUAUUCCACGAGUGGGCAUAUGAUAUGAGUUGGCUAUAAUCAUCUCAUAUCCAACAAGCGCAAGUGGAAUAAUUGUUUUAUUAAAAACGGCCACAAAAUAUCGAGAAUUCCCCCCGACUUGACUUGUAAAAACAACUGAUUUUCAGCUUGCUUUUAAUUUUGAGCAGACGCAUACAGUUACCAUGUUUGGAGAGAAUGCUAUAAUGGCUCAUAUACCAUGAUGUCUAAGCCAAUCAGAGCUCUGGGACUGCAUUAUCCAAUAAUUCAGUUUUUAAUAAUAUUUGAUUUAACCUGAAUGUAGUUUUGACCUGUAACAUAUACCUUGGCCACUCAAUCCAAUAUUGCAUAGUCGUUAUUGCUAUGUGGUAAUUUCAAGUGGCCAAGAACAAAAAACUCUUUUAAAACCCACUGAUGUUUACUAUUAAUACCGACAUUUAGUGGAUCCUGUCGAGAGGUACAUCAAGAAUAAAUCAUCACUUUUGCCAUCUGUUGUUGUUGAUUGCUUAGUUUUAAAUAUUUUUGUUAAAGUCAAUAACACAUUGUUCUUUUAGGUUCUUAGACCAUUUUUGUUAAGGAGACUAAAACUAGAAGUUGAAACCCAAAUGCCUAAGAAAUAUGAACACUUGGUCAGAUGUCGGUUAUCAAAGAGGCAACGUUACCUUUAUGAUGACUUUAUGUCCAGAGCCAAGUAAGUACUGGAAUGAAAAUGUUUGUUGUUCGUACUGUUGAACUGGAUUUUUUUGAGUUUCUGCUAAGUUAAUGCUGUAGAACUUGUUAGCUUUAUGAAACAUCACUUCCAUGUUAGUCACAUUAGAUUAACAAGGCCAACUGCUCUGGGUCCAAGGUUACUCUGUAUCCACUAAUUUUGGUUUUGCAGUCAAUGGCCAAGAUUAAAAGCUGCAAUAAAACCCAUGGCACCUCACUUUCACGUGUCAGUGGUUCCUGUCGGUAGCUAAAUACACUGUAAUAGAAUAAUGAUUACUACAUAUAUUACUAAUACUGUAAAUGUGGCAAUGAACAUUUGGGCUAAGGUAAACUCAGGAUUUUGCUGGCAAGAAAUCUUUUAUGUCAGAUUGAGAAGGGGUUCCCAUGGCUUCACAGGAGCCUUUGGGAUCUCUUGAUAAGUUUUUUGAUACUAUUUCAGCCUUACUUCAGGAUUAAGUCACCAAUAUUGUGUUUCAGGACAAAGGAAACUUUGGAAUCAGGCCACUUUCUCAGUGUAAUCAACAUUCUCAUGCAACUAAGAAAGGUACGGUAUCUCGUUGUUAUUUCUUUCUUUAUUUCUUAUCUCAUUCUUUCUUUCUUUUUUUCUUUCGCACUUUUGAUCAUAUUUGCAUGGAAAAGGCACAUUACAAUUUUUAAUUAUUAUUAUUAUUAUUAUUAA